AUGUUCGCGGCCUCGUUGAAAUCCGGCGGUUACGAGGUAGUUUCGGCAGCCAGCAGCACCUCCCCCCAGGCCGGCCGCGGGCAGCCAGCCGAGUCAUCGACCGAUGCUGCCGCCGCCACCAUCGCGGGCGCUCCUGCCAGCUGCAGCCGCAAGCUGGCAGCGCACCGCAGGUGGCCCUUUGGGCGCUGCGACAGCGCCUUUAGCUGCCAGGCAGGCAGCCGGGCAGGCAGCAGCAGCAGCGGUCGUGACCUGGAAGCCUCCGAGGCCGGCACUUGCGCUGAGCGGCGGCAGCUCGAGGCCGACGCACAGGCAGCCAGGGAAGAGACGGCGAGCCUGCGGCAGCAGCUCGCUGCCCUGCUUGCGCAGCAGCAGGAGGAGCGCGAGGCGGCCGCCGCUGCCGCUGUGGCGCUGGGAGCAGAGGCGGAGAGGCAGCGGCGCCGCGCUGAGGCGGCCGAGGGCGAGGCGGGCUGCCUGCGGCGCCUGAGCUCGGCAGCCGCAGCGGCCCAGGCACUGGCUGAGGCCGAGGCGGCGGUGCAGCUGGCGGACCUGCGGCUGGCGGCGCAGAAGCGGCGAGUGGCCGGCCUGCAGGAGCAGGUGGAACAGCAGCGGGGCGUGAUUGCCACCCUGGCAGACAGCCGCGGCGACGCCUUUGAGGAGCGCUUCCACCUGCGGCUGGAGCUGCGGCACAGCCGCGCUGCCGCCCAGCAGGCGCAGCGCAGCGCCGCCAACCUCAGCCAGGCGCUGCAGCAGCAGCGGGACGCCGCGGAGCAGGCGGUGGCGGCGGCCAGGGAGGAGGGCCAGCGCGCGGCGGCGGCGCGCUGGCAGGCUCGCGUGCUGGAGCUGCGCAAGCAGUUGGCGGAGGCGCGGCGCAAGCUGCAGGCGGCGCAGGAGGGCGAGGCGGCGGCACGAGCGGCGCUGUCGGCCCAGGGCUGCAUGCUCAGCCAGGCCCGCGCCGAGCUCUCGGCAGACCAUGCGGUGCUGCUCCAGGCGCACAGCAAGGUUGCCGCAGAGCUGACAGAGCUGCGCAAGCUGCCGCAGCAGCGGCAGCUGCGGCACGCGGCGCCGCAGCUGCCCCAGCAGCCCGACGACCACCAGCCCUGGGACUGA